UACCUUUCAUCGGGGGUGCCUUCAAAGUUUUUGGCUAUGUCAGCUCCGGGCCUUACAACAACGGAAGUAGAUUAUUUACUUCAACAAAUCAUAGCCCAUCUACAGAGCCUGUACAUGAAGUGCGAGAAACAUAGCAUCCCUUUUCCGAGUUACAGAGAAUCAUUCAAGGUCAUUCCGCAGGCGUAUGGCAAGGGUAGUGCCGAUGCUGCAUCCGAGGCUUUUUGCUCAUUGACUGCAGUCUCGCGAUCGGCCCAGGCAAUCUAGUGUUUAUCGAGGAAAGCCUUGAAGUGAGGGUUCAGGGAGUAACGAAGUUAUUGAUGUCAUUUAACCUCACAAUACUGGGAUAUGAUGUUGACAACUAAAUUCAUCAUGGCUGGCGGGACAUAUUGAUCUACGCCGUAUUGGUUUAUAGAUUGGGGCUCGUAUGGCAAGACGGUUGGAGCGGCGUUGGCCUUAUCUUGCAUGGCGUUCU